AUGGGCGUUACGGAAGAAAAAAAAUUCAGCAAAACUUUCAAUACAGAAUUAACUGAUUCAUAUAAUAAUGAACAACGCCUAUAUUGUUAUCAUUUAAUAACAUGCAUUAUACAUAAAUGUAUAAUAAACACAUUGGUAAAUAUGAUUGAAAUGUUUUUUAAUAACAAAAUGUAUGAUGCAAUCAAUAGGAAUUUCCCACCUGUUUAUAGUUAUUGCAUCAAUGCAUUCGAUUACAAACAAAAAGAAAUCCCAAAUUUGAAUGAAUCAUCCAACCAUAAAAAUGAUUUUUAUGUUUAUAUCAUAGUUAGUUACAUAAUAGAUUUGAUUAGACGAAAGAAAUCAUUCUCCAGUGGAUUAGAUAGUCAAUCUAGUACACCUGCUGUUAGCCCGUUAGGUUCACCACUUUCUCUUCAACGUGUUCACUACAGACCUGUAGGAUGUGAAAAUUUAGAAAAUUCACAUCCUGGACAAGUAUCUCUAUCAGUUCCACCAUCUGCUCGAACACAAACAAUAUCUACCGUAUCUUCAACAACAAAUUCAUCGGAUUCACGAUCGAAUAAUACAACAACAAUUACAUCAACCGAUAAUAAUGGUUUAUUAAAUAAUACUUCAACAAAUUAUAUAUCAACAAGUUCCACUAAUUUAUCUAUAAAUCCUUCAAUGCAUGGAAUUACAUCGAAUUCUUCAAUUAGUGGUAGUAAUCAACAAUCACAUAUAACAACACCAUUACAACAACAUCCAAAUCUUAAUAUUUAUUAUUUUGGAAGCAUUCCACAUAUUGGACAUCAUAGACCACAACAUUUUCUUCAUCCAUCAAUGACACCAAUUCCUGUUGCAACAACUUUAGCUCCACCACCUCAUUUUGUACCAUCACCAUUCCAUCAUCUAUUGCCACAUCUUCAUCCACAUUCAUUUACUCCUGGACCUUAUUUUAUACCAUCGAUUCCAUCAUUUGCAAGUGGUAAUAAUGUGAAUACUAAUAAUAAUAAUAAUAAUAAUAAUAAUAGUAGUAGUAUGCCAAUUGCAUCAUCUAUCCCUCCUGUUGUGACUACUAUACCUUCAAUAUCCACAAACACAACAACAACCACAACCACAACGAAUAAUAAUAAUAUUGGAUUAUUACCGGUGCUUACUGAAGUUUCAUCAAUUUUUGAUCAAAAUAAUCAUCAAUCAUUAGUGAAUUCAAAUGUUAUUUCAUCGACUUGUUCAACUUUAUUAUCAACAUCAACAUCAUCAUUAUCAUCAUCAUGUUGUUUAAUUGCUCCGUCAUGUUCUAUUGAUUCUAAUUCGUUAUUAACUAAUUCUUCUACUAUAUCAAUGCAAUCAAAUAAAACUAUGAAUAGUACAUCAACAACAACAACAACAACAGUAAAUACUGAUCAAAAUAAUUAUCAUAUUGAUCAACCGAAUGAAAAUUUAUCAACAACAACAACUGAUCAACAAUCAGUUGAAAAUCAAUUCAAUAAACAUAAACAGCCUAUAAAUGAUGUACAGAACAGCUUAAAUUCAGUCAAAGUAAUUCACAAAGAACAUGACAAAGAUUUGAAUUCUCCAAUAUUAGAUCAUAUACACUUGUCGAAUUCAUCCAGUACAGCGCCUUCAUCUCCAAUAGGUGGUGCUGGCGGUGGUGGUGGUGGUGGUGGUAUACAGUCAAUUCGAAAAAAAUGUAACUCCAUAACUCAUUCACCACCUCCUCCAUUAAAAUCUCAAUCAGGACAUAGUGUAAUACAUCAAAAUUCCAGAGAUGUUCAAUUACAACAAUCUCCAGCUCAAUCACCAAUAUCUAGUCAAAAAUUAAGUUCUUCUUCUCCACCUACUAACAAUCUCAAUGUGAAUAAUAUUAUAUCUCGUGAAAAACCACAUGCUACUACGAAUGGAACAAGAAAUCUACAAUCCGAUAUUAUAAACGGACAAACUAUGCAAUAUUCUACUGUAGAAAGUGGACGUAUUAAAUCAGAUAUUAGAAAACCACGUUUAGAUGGUUUGAAAACGGUGGACAGUAUUAUAACUUGUGAAAGUCCUGUAUUCACAUCAUCAUCAUCAUCAUCAUCUUCUACCACAAAUAGUCCAAUAUUCUCUCAUACAGCAUUAACUCAUACUCAACCAACUACUAGUAGUAGUAGUCCAACAUCCAGUACAACGCAUCAAACAUGGCGUGUGAAAUUAAAUAAUUUAAAAAUUUCCUUUUUAGGCUCACCACGUUUUCAUCGGAAAAAAUCAUCACUUAUACAUACAACAACUGAUCAAUUAACUGAAACACCACCGAGUAGUCCAAAUUCAUUUACACAAAGCCAAUGGAGAAAUUCUGGACGAUCAUCUGGUUUAGAACCAUCACCUUUAUUAACGCAUAAAUCAUGGUUCAAUGGUUUCUUAACAGCUGCCUCUGGACAUGUAAUCACUAAAGGUAGUCAACAUGCAGCAAAUGCAGCUGCAGCAGCACAAGAUUCUGCAGCAUUAGCUAUCUCUAUUCAAUCUAAAUGUAAAGAAGACAAUGGACAAAGUAAAGAUGAACAUGAAGACGGUGAAUUUCAUCAUGAACAAGAUGGUGGGAAUACAGAGAGAUUAUCGGAACACAUCAUAUCUAAUAAUGAAUUAUUAGAGAAUUGGAAAAAUUCCAAUAUAAACUGUGAAGGAAAUAAUGCUACUACAAAUAGUAGUAAUAAUAAUAACAAUAAUAACACUGAUUCACAAUAUUCAACUUCUCAACCUUCAUCACCAUCAUAUUCAUAUGUUUCCGAUGGUGUAACAAAAACGCAACAAUAUCACUAUCAUCAUCCUCAUCCUCAUCAUCAUCAACAUCAUCUUCAUUAUCAUCAAACACAUCAACAAUCUCAUCAUCUUAGUGCUACAACAGAUAUUCAAUUGAAUGUCAAUCAAUUGUAUCCUUCUUCAGAUCCAUUUUCAAAUACUAAACUAAUUGAAAAACGUGGACUCAAACCAUUUAUAUCAUCAAGUUCUGUUGCUAGUACAACGACUACGACAACAACAAUAAGCAAUAAUAGCGCUUCAUUAGGUGGAAAUGCUCCACCAGAAGAAACUAAUCAUGUUGUUAUGGUUAAAGGACGUGCUCUGAAUAGGUUGAAAGCAGAACUUGUACAAGUUUUUCUAGCUACACCUGGUGUUGUUCACACAGUAAUUUCUCCAACAAGUUUUCGAGCUGAAUAUCGUCGUGCAGGCAGUGGAUCAAGUUUACUUGCUCGACCUGUUAAACUUCAAGUAGAUAUGGUACGUGCAACUGGUGGAAUUAGUACAGGUUCUGGACAUCAGAAUAAUAUCAAUUCUAUUUCAUCUGAACGAGAAGUGUAUGCAGUCAAUUUUCAAUUGUUAUCAGGUCCAACACGUCGAUUCAAACGUUUAUGUGAUCAACUACAAACAGCUUUACUGUCUGGUACUUCGCAUCCGAAUUUUGUCGCUCAUAGCACAUUAAAUCCUAACGCACUGGCUGGAGGAACUUCAUCAAUAACCAAUGUUUCUCCAACAACUAAUGUUGGUACACCUAUUUUAAGCCAAUUAACUCCAUCCCCUGCACCAUUAACUUCCUCCAAAGCACCAAGUCAUAUUUUGGAUGAACAAACUACAGGACAAAGUAAUAAUUCUGCUUCUCUUUUCAAUCAAAGUCAUAUUAAUCAAUCUUUACAGUCCCGGUUCAGCGAUGAAGAUGCACUGUUCUCUUCAAAGUUAACCAAUCCUGAUGAAACUACUACUACAAAGGUACGUAAUAAUAACUGUGAUUAUUAG